AGGCCCCCUCCACCUGUGCCAUGGCCGAGUGCCCGCCCUCGCUUCCGCCCGGAGAGGAGAUCUACUGAGAAAACCUUUGAACUUUGAGUUAGUAGAUGACUGUUCUCUCUUCUUCCACUCUUCUACAACACCUGGCAUCAUUUGAAAAAGCUAAGCCUCUCUGCCGGGUGCCUACAGUUGGAGCACAAACGCCGAGAUUUCACCUCCGCUGGGAGUAGGAAGCUCUACUUUGACACCCAUGCCUUAGUGUGUUUAUUUGAAGAAAAUGGGUUUACUACUCAACAAGCAGAAAUCAUUGUAUCUGCAUUGGUGAAGAUCACGGAGGCCAACAUGGAUAUCGUCUACAAAGACAUGGUCACCAAGAUGCAACAGGAGAUCACUCUUCAGCAAAUAAUGUCUCAGAUUUCUAAUGUGAAAAAAGAUAUGAUUAUUUUGGAGAAGAGUGAAUUUUCAGCCCUCAGAGCAGAAAAUGAGAAAAUAAAACUUGAACUACAUCAGUUAAAACAACAAAUAAUGGAUGAAGUGGUCAAGGUCCGCACAGACUCCAAAUUAGACUUCAAUCUAGAAAAGAGCAGAGUAAAAGAAUUGUAUUCAUUAAACGAAAGGAAGCUGCUGGAAAUGAGGACAGAAAUGGUGGCAUUGCAUGCCCAGCAAGAUCGGGCCGUCACCCAGACAGACAGGAAGAUAGAUACUGAGGUCGCUGGCCUCAAAACCAUGCUCGAGUCUCACAAGCUUGAUAAUAUUAAAUAUUUAGCAGGGUCUGUUUUUACAUGCCUAACAGUAGCUCUGGGAUUUUAUCGCCUGUGGAUAUAAUAAAGUGUAUAUUUAAAGAGAGCUCUAUUGUUUUGCCUUGAGAAUACCAGAUUGUUGUGCUCCCCUACCCCUCGUUUCAACUUUUAACACCGAUUUUUACUUAAAGCCUAUUUUUUAUUUUAUGCAAAUUAUGGACCUAUAACCAAUGCAAAGAAGUCAGGAAUUUCACAAUUGCUCCUUUUCCCGUUUCUGUUUGGUUGACUUUAUAACGCUGAGUGGCGGUGGACAAAACAUGGAAGACUCCACUCAGUUGGAUCAGUGAACUUGUGGGACACAGCAACAGUAAAUAUUUGUGUAGCUACCAUUGUAAUCUUUUGUCACACAGAGGACUUGGGGUCCGUUUAAAAGGCACAUGGGCUUUACUGAGCGCUGAAGAAUCACAGAAAGUAAACCAAGAGCACCAUAUCCGCUUCACCUGCCCCGACCUUAGCAUCAGCGUCCCUAAUGAAACAGCUGUACUUCCAAAGGAGGGUUUUUUCUUUCAGUUGCCAUUGUCUUAGUUACUGUUACGGGUAUUUUUAUGUGCCUUCAGGCUAGAAAAUCUUGUUGCCUGGUGAGGUGUUGUAAUGGUAAUGGGGACUGUUAUACUUGUGGGUUUCUCUCCCCCCCCUCUCUCUCACUGGGCCCUUCUUCCCCUCCCUCCUGAUUGGAGAGCUAUGGUCACACUCCACUGUGCCUGCCUGGAAAACUUGCUGAUUCUCAGCGUGGACGUCUACGUUUGUGGGAUGGGGUCUGCUUCCUUCUCGUCUUCUGCCUUUUAUACAAGGGAGGCAGUCUGGCAGCAUCUGGAUAUUUCGAGAGUGUGUGCACUUUUAGAAAUGGCCCAUUACAAGCUCAGAUCGUAGGCUUUCAAAAUUAGAAAACUCAUGCCAGCUAUCAUCUGAGUUUAGGUUGAUUUCUUUGGUUAUUAAAGAUAUUCUCAUAUCUACCUUACCUCUGUAUUUAAGACAAAUAAAUUCCUAGAGAAAAGGGUAUUUUGAGAAAGCACCAUCUCAAAAGCAUCCUAUUGGAAUGACUGGCAGGUAGGAGAAAAUGAGCAUUUUAGACCGGAUGACAUUGGUAGGACCUUUGCUGUCCUCCACAGGCAGACGUGUACGUAAUCUGGUACAGUGGAGAGACCACGUGGAGACCACCUGAUCAGACUGGUAGAAUGAAUACCCACUAUCACUGUUCCAACCACACUGGUAAAAAAAAAAAAAAAAAUCACCUGUUGUUCUGUGGAUGUCAUUUCUAAACUUCGGAAAGUGUAAGCCGUUGCCUUUUUUAAAAAAAAACAUUUGUGUAGCACAAAGAUUCUGAAUUCCAAAUAAGUCUGAAAUUCAGUCAAGUACUUUUACAUUAAGUGAAUAACAACUUAAUCUUUUCAACUAGAUUUAAAAUGACUUAACUGCUUCAUAAAAUAUUUUAUCAAUAUAUUCUUUCAGAGAAGGAUCCCCAGAAAAUGCUGCACAUGUAGCAAUUGCCUUAAGUAGUAAAGACUCAAGGACAUGACAUCCCAUUAAGACCACAGUUGCAACUACUUAAUAACUUUGGUUGGCAGAGCUCAGAGAAAAGGCUUGGAGUACAGACACUCCUCCAAAGUAAAGAGCACCCAAGGGAGAAAGUGUUAUAUGUGAUGAUGUUUCAAAGCAGACAUCAACUUGUACAGGUUGAAAACAGUGAAGUGGCCUUAUAUUCUGAUAAAAUAUUUUUACGGUAACAUUCAGUGGGAUGACUUUCUUUCACGGGCUGAAAGUAGUCCAAGUCAGCGGUCGCCAACCUCUCGGACCUCGUGGACCACCAGUGAUCUGUGGACCACUGGUUGACGACCGCUGGUCCAAAUGACAUUCCUACUGCUGGUAGUGGGCUGCAUCAGCCCGUCACCUAUUUGGGCCGUUGAUUUUGCUGUAGAGUCAGCCUCUUUACCCCUCCGCCUUGGGAACAAGAACUCUCCUUUUGAUGGAGGGAUUGCGUGCUGAUGUGGAAGUUCGGAGGGUUCGGAAUGAUGUUCCCUUUACUUAGUCAAGUGUAUUCUACUUGAAAAGCAUAUGGGCCAAAAAUACAAGUGUCCCUUUCCCACUGCUGGCCCAGAUACUGUGAACAGUGUAAGCAUGCCGUGACGGGACACCGUGUGACAGCUUCCUAAGCCCGUUUGGCUUGGCAGGCUUCAGAUCACUUUAGGAAAUGAAGCAUUCGCACUCAGAAGGGGGCAGAUGCCUGGCAAGGCUUCAGAAAAUCUGUGUCUAGCCCUCGGGAAAUUAACCGCAGGUAGCUCCUGAAGCAUACCUCUCAAGCGCCUGAGGUACAGAUGCCUGAAGCAGAACCUCACAGAUGGAAACUGUUUCCUUGUACUAAUUGCUCCCAUCCCUAAGGGCUCCUCUGCAUUCCUACUGUCUCCUCCUCCUUUAUCUUUUUGAAAGAGCUGAACUCCAUUUCCUCCUCUUACCUACCCCAUUAAUAAGCAAACCCUGUUUGUGUGUGCAGUUCUUACAGGAGACAUGAAUAUUUGGUUUUCUAGCUUAAUAUCUGACAAAACUCAAUCUGAAUGUAUUCAUUUUUCCCCUUAAGUAUGCUAAGUGCCUCAGUUGAGAAGUCACAAAUUCAAGAAGAAAGGCUUGAUGACGAAAACCACGUGGCUUGCUGGGAUUUGUCUCUGACCACAUUAAAAACCAAACCCUGAACCUCU